AAUGCAUGUUACUGCGCAUAUCAUGCACUUGUGUUGAACACGUGACCGAAUGAUUAAAAUUGAUGAUUUAUCUGAAAAAAAUUAUAUUAUUUUAAAUCGCGUUUCAGUAUAAUCCAAAAUUCUGCAUUUUAACUUUCGACGAAUCUUGCAAUGUAAUGUUCGAAUAGAAAUACGAAGAGUUAAACUUCAAGCAACUAAACGCAAGGUUAUCCACAAAUUUUUACAUAAUAAUGGGAACAUUUCACGGAAUUAUCUGCGAGAAAUUCACGGAAUUACUUAGAGAAUCUUUUCACUGGAUUCUGACUUUUUCAAUCGAUAGACUUAAUUUUCGCAUCAAUAUUUUGAGAAAAGAACUUGAAACAUCGUUCCAGAAAUAUUUGGUUGUAGUUCAACUUCCUUCCCAGCAAUGUGCCUUUAGUUAUUUCAUGUCAUGUGCAUGACUCGAAUUUUGAUAAAACGAUUAAAAAAACUCGCAUCUUAUCGUUUCUUAUAUGAUUACACAACUACAUCUCGAUGUUUACUUUGCUGAGGAGAAUGACGCACAAUACAUUUCUGAGUCGUUCUGCCCAUAUUAAUGGAUCCUCUUACGAGGAAGCCAUAAAAGCAUUAAGUCUUACUUUACAAAGCAAUACUACUUAUUUACAAUCUGUUAAGAAUACAAAUGAUUCUACGAAAUUGAAGGAAGUAGAAAAAUAUUUACUCAGAUCUGGUAUUACUUUCGAGCAAUUGAAUAGUUUGUCUGUUAUCCAUGUGGCUGGUACCAAGGGUAAAGGUUCGACAUGUGCGUUUACGGAGGCGAUUCUGCGACAGCAUGGCUUUAGUACAGGCUUCUUCAGCUCGCCGCACUUAGUGUCCGUGCGGGAACGCAUUCGGUUAAAUGGAGAACCUAUCAGUCAAGCACAUUUUACUCAUUUCUUUUGGAAUGUAUAUCAACGCCUAGAACAAAAACGGGAAUAUGAGUCUGACAUGCCAACGUACUUCAAGUUCCUAACGAUUCUCACAUUCCAUGUGUUCCUGGAAGCAAAUGUUGACGUAGCGAUCAUUGAAGUUGGAAUCGGUGGCGAACUGGAUUGUACCAAUAUUCUGCAGAAUCCGAUUUGUGUGGGUAUAACGAGCCUUGGUCUAGAACAUACCUCACUAUUAGGCAACACUCUAGAAGAGAUUGCUUAUCAGAAGUCAGGAAUCUUCAAACCGCAUACGAUAGCUUUCACGGUGCCGCAACCAGAAUCGGCGAUGCACAUUCUACAAAAACGAGCCAUAGAAAGAAAAUGCCGUGAUUUGCGAAUAGUUUCUACGACCGAAGGUUGUAAAUGGAAUGAUAUUUUCUCGUUGGCAGGCAUUGAUAUUAAAAGCGUGCAGCAACAGAAUGCUUUGUUAUCGAUCAGCAUAGCACAUGAAUGGAUGAAAUCACAUUACGAUCAAUCUAUUAUAAACAAUAAAUACACCAAUGAUUUUUACAAUCUCCAAAGCGAAAAGAAUGAUUUAUCACAAAUUAUUUCUCCAAAUAAAGUUGCGACUGCAUUGAUGAACUGCAAAUGGCCAGCUCGCAUGCAGAUUCUAAGGACCAGUGUAGCAGAUUUUUUUCUGGAUGGAGCUCAUACAAUCGAGAGUAUCAUUAACUGUAUAUCAUGGUUCAAAAGAAUCAGUCGGGGAACCUCUAGUAAAUUCCUAAUAUUUAAUAUCAGCGGUGAUCGAAAUUCUUUGGAAUUAUUAAAAUUGCUGAAACCUUUGAAUUUUGAUAGAGUUUAUUUUGCUCCAAAUUAUACUGGAGUAAUUAGCGUGGAGGAUUUAUCAAAUUAUAUGCUACUUGAUGAGCAAAGAAGGAAAUGUAAAAAACACUGUGCGUUGUGGGGUGAUAACUCUGUGUCGAAAAAUACCGUUGCCGAAGUGCUCUAUGACAUUAAGAAACAUGUGUCGCAAAUGGAUAGUCACGAUAAAGUAGAGGUACUUGUAACGGGAUCAUUACAUUUGAAUGGCGCAGUAUUAGCUAUUCUGGAUCCUAAUUUGUCAAUGACUAGUGAUUUUUAAUGUAAUAUAAAAUAAUAUUGAAAUUUGAUCUGUUAAAGAUAUUUAC